AUCGUAAGAAAAAUGUUUGAACGUACAAAUAUAGGAAAUACAGACGAAUUAAGUUUUUCGAGACCAGCAGGGGUCAGCAGAGACCUAACGUUAUCGUUUUUGCAACGCAAAGACUGUUGGGUAAUGAUUACGGGCAAACAUGGCAGCCACCCUUCCACGGGUCUUGUCCUUCGGUAAAAUUACGAAGGCUUUGCUCGGUGGCUUGAGGUUAUCUGCAUUUCCAGCUCAGCAAUACAGUGUUGAAGUUUCUAUUUAUGGGGAAAAAAUUACUCACACGGGACAGGUCUAUGACGAAAAUGACGUGAGAAGAGCUAGAUUCAUCGGCAGGCAAAAAGAGGUGAAUGAGAACUUUGCCAUCAGCUUGGUUGCUGAAGAACCAGUGACAUGCGUCGAGUCCAGAGUGGUGUCCUGUGAUGGAGGCGGAGGGGCUCUCGGACACCCCAAAGUUUACAUCAACUUGGACAAGGAAACAAAAGUUGGCACGUGUGGAUAUUGUGGGCUGCAGUUUAAGCAGAAGCAUCAUCACUGAAGAAUUGACGUCUUUUUUUCUUCUUUUUUUUUCUGUGUUGGCUAUACGUUAUUCACCUAUGAAGAUAUUUGAUUCUAUUCUCUGUACAAUAAAAUAUUACUUUAACUUUAAA